CUAGAAGCGUCACCAUGCUCCAAUUACAGCCACGUGCCUUGUCCUAGUUCUAGCCCCGGACUUCCUCCCCCGCCCAUCUUGGCGAUCCAGCCUCCGCCAUAGCACCAGAUUGUCGUUGUCCAAAUUGGACUCAAACACCAGCCGCAAUUCCCAUCGUGUCCACAAGACCCCGCGUUUUCGUAGAGAUUCGACUCCACCGGAAUAUAGUCGCGUGAGGCAAUCGAGAUGGCGACCAGGGGAACACCGUCUUCUCAGACUGGGGAGUCCAGCACGUCGAGGCCUGUCGCGUGUCUGCAUUGCCGUCAGCGACGGUCGUACUGCUCGAAGGAGAGACCGAGUUGUUCAAGAUGUCGCGACGGUGGCAUGAAUUGUACCUACGAAGAAGCGCGGAAGAUCCUGGUCAAUGAAACGUAUUUGAGAGAACUUGAGAGAAAGGCGAGAGCCCACGAUGCGGCUUGUUCUCAGUCCCGAGAGCUAGGCAUGGGCAAAGCAAGAAAUUCGUUCGACGAUGACGAAGACGAUUUCGAGUAUGAACAUCCCUUGUUGGAACCCUUCACUCAACUCGGCGUCGACAAACCCUCCACGAGCUUCAAAGGGCCCGCCUCGUCCGAUCACUUUCUCCGCAGCGUGAGCAAACUUUCCGGCCUCCAUGACGAUGAUGGCAGUCUCGAUGCGAACCCCAAUUUCUACGAACCGGGAGCCUUGCCGUCUCGACGAGGAGUUUUCGGUAUGAAUAUACGACUACCGCCGUUGGACAUUGCACGCCGACUCUUCGCAGCCCAAUACACCUACAUCGGGACCAUCUUUGCCUUUACCGACCCAAAAGAGACAUUUGAUCAACACCUGCUCCAGGCAUACUGUGGACUCCCAGACCCUGAAGACAAAGACGGUUGUCUCAUUUAUGCAAAGGUCCUGGUGAUCCUUGCCUUUGGUCAGUUGUAUUCGGUAAACCAAUGGGUCGACUUUCGUGGACCUCCAGGCUUUGGAUACUUUACGAGCGCCUUGAACCUGCUUCCCGACGCGCACGAAGUGGGCUCAGUUCUUUGUGUAGAAACGCUGGCCCUCGCCGGUUAUUUCAUGCAAAACAUGAACCGCCGUGAUGCUGCCUUUCUGUACAUCGGAAUGGCGCUCCGCAUGGCCACUUCGCUCGGCCUUCACCAAGAGGUCGGCUUCAACACAUCCACGGGCCUGUCUCAGGGCCAAGACUCGGCGCAUGCAUUGGACAGCGCCGCCCGAGAGCAUCGUCGCCGAGUUUGGUGGUCUGUUUAUAGCCUCGAUCGCAUCCUGUCAGUGAAAUCCGGCAACCCCAUCACCAUCCAGGACGAGGACAUCGGCGUGGACCUACCAUCCAGGCUCCCCGGGGAUCCUGAAUAUUGCCCUGCCAUAGUACUGCGUCAUUACACCCAGCUGUCUCGCAUCCUUGGUGACAUCCACAUGACCAUCUAUCGAAAGGCCAGUAAAUCAACGCCGAAAUCCGGGAAGCGCCUGAUGGCAUCCGUCCAAGGCAUCAUCCUUACCCUGUCGAAAUGGAACCGCGAUCUUCCAGACGAGCUCCGGUUCGACCCUGUCAGAUUAAGCAUAAGUCGCGAAAGUGUCAGCACAUUUGCGCAUUACUAUCAGUGCAUCAACAUGACUGCCAGGCCAUUGUUAUUCCACGUCGUGCAGAAGCGGCUACAGCGGAUCCGAGACAGUAGGGACCCUGGGGUGAAGGAAUGGGAUUGGAGAGAAGGUCUAUCUCAGACGACUGUGAGAGUAAUAGACAUGUGUAUUGGAGCGGCACAAGACACCAUCAACAUGAUGAUCAUUGCAGCGCAACGAGAUCUCGUUGCGACCUACGGCUACAUGGAUGGAGAGCACAUCUUCUCCGCCGCCAUCGUCCUUGUCAUGGUCUGCGUUGCGUUCCCAACAAAUGCAGCCAAUACCGUGGCGAUGAACGCAGGGCUAGACUUGCUCCGGGGCAUGGGUGAGCGUGGAAAUACCAACAUGGGAGCCCGCUAUGAACUGCUUUCCAACUUGCGCUCCACGGCAAUGCCUGGCAUUGUUGUGCAUGCCGACCGCAUUCGGUCAUUCUCGAGCAACCUUUCAUCGGCAGACUCGGUGAUACACGACGGCACCAGCCACUCGCUUGUAGCCAUGCUACCAAUGAGCACCAGUAAUAGCCAGGGAAAUAUGGCAACCGUCGGGUACGCGUUGAGUGACGGUAAUGGAGAGAUGCUCACGUUUCCGGUGGUAGACAAUAGCUCUCUGGGCGAGCCGUUCUACGACGAAAACACAAGCCCAGGAAUUGACAUUGGUCUCUGGGAAGAAGGGUUCGCUGACCCGGCCAUGGAUGUGGAUUUUGACCUGACACAAUGGACCUCAACGGCAGGGAUGAGCGUCGUGGGAGAGACGAGGGCAUCUUGAAAUUUGCAACUAUUUCGUAAUUACCUGUAUCAUGUAUUUUUUGCUCUUAGAGAAUCGGCCUGGCUGUGAAUCGCGGGCGCGCUAGCGUAUACAAUUUACUUCGCU